AUGAAGAUUGAGUCAAUUCUAAACCAGUUCAGCGAACUUGACACGGAAGCGAGACAUAGUCGAGAAAGCCUACAACUUUUCAAUGAGCAGAAGGAACAGAGAGGCCCGUCAUUGUCACUGUCGACUCCGUCACCCGACUGCACUCAGUCUAGAACAUCUAGUGUGCGAUCCGACAGUCGAACUCGUACGCCCUGGGAUGCUGGUGGCUACUCUCUGCCAAGGGAUAUUGGCCCCAAGAACUCCUCGCGGCAUCCUUUCACGCCAGUGACUUGGGAGGAGCAGCAGGAAUCUGCGAGACGUCAGAAUGCAUCUAAUCACCACUCCAGACAAGUAUCAAUGGAUACAUCAGCCAGUAUAAGUCUUCCUGGUUCCGCAGGAUCAUAUGCGCUACCAGUCCGCGAGCGCCGUGCUUCUCAGCAUAUGAGAAGAGGCGAGGAUGAUGAGAAGAAAGCACAACCACUUGUCAGAAGAUCAAACCUUCAUCCUCCGACGCAACUGUCACCACAGAUCAACGCAUCUCACGAUCGUCUCGGCAUCGAGAAGUAUCCCUGGAUCACUACGGGAGAGAGCUCUCCUGCAACUAGUAGUGCAUCAACAAGAUCUCCCUUCCAGCCUCCGGAGACUGUGAGGAUGCAGUCCAACGGGACUCUUCCAGGUGCAUCUGGACAGGCAGCGUCCCAUGCUAACCCAAAUGAUCGUGUGCUUGCUGCAUUGCAUACAUUGGACGAUGUGGCCAUCGACGUUCCCCUUCAGGGUGGUGACGUUUGUAUGGCAGUUCCCGAAUGCAACACUAAUUCGGUACCACGCAAGGUCAUUUCUCAUCUUUUUGGCCGCAACAAGGUCUGCACUCGUCGCAUCCCGGAGCGUGUCUGGGUUUGCAUGUGUCGCAAGCACUAUCAGAGGAUUCGCUACCGAACCGGUAUCAGAUUCAGCUUCACUCAAAUCAACCUGGUGUACGAGCAGAUCAUCCGAAUGAUCUUCUGGAGCCGAGGUCUGGAGAAUGCCAGUAGAACUAAUCUGGAGGGCAUAACAAUCCGAUCCUGGACAUUCUCGAUUCGAAGACGUGAGGUUAAGCGCCUGGCGGAUACUAACAGUCGGGACCCCAUCCCUCACUGGAUCAUGCAGAGCCUCGGCGAAGGCAAGACGCACGAUGAGAUUCUCGAUGUCAUUGAACGUCUUUGCCAAGAGAUCGAUCACGGCGAUCUCAGAGAAGUUCCUCCUGUCGAGUUCCUCCCAGAGGUUGUUGAUGCUUUCACGAACUCGCCUGCUCAAGUCCAGGCCCAUCAGACAUCGGCCAGCAGUCAAUCCGGCCGUUCGUCUUUGAUGGUUGGGGAGCCAGUUCCAUCCCCCCUCCCAUUUGUCAAGGAAUCGUCGCCCCUCGAACCAGUUCAAGAAGAGGGAUCUGCGAGUGAGCAUUCUAGCCAGCAAUCGUCCUCGUCGGCCACACCUCCUGCUGCUUUCAGCGGAUCUCGACCUGUUCAUCACUCCCGAUCGUAUACCGACGAUAUCUCCAACCGGACUGCUCCCUACUCAUUCGGCUCUCGGUCUCCCCUCGCGAACUCUGGCAUCGGGCCAGACAGUGAUCGACAACCCAGUCUUGGGUACUAUGACAGUCAGAACCCAACAGCACCUUCAAUGAGCUAUUCCAGUAUUAAUCGUCAUAUGCAGGCGCCGAUGACCGAUCACCGAGGUUCCUGCGAUAACGCCCCUUAUUACCAACAGUCUUGUGGCGGCGGUCACUACUAUGGCCCGAGUGGAUUCGUACUGACUGAUAGAAACCUCUCGAUCCAUACCGCCGCUAUGCCAAUGGUGGCCAGAGCGGAUCAGAUGUAUGGCACCGCAGGCUAUGCUGCCCAACACAGCCGAGACAACCACCACUUCCCUGCGUCGACAGUCAAUAACCAACUCACGCCCGCGCCGCUCAACUAUCCCUCUUACGGGACUCCUCCUUCCCAGGCUUCAGGAGCGGGUUACUCGUAUCCAGUCCCGGAAGAACGUCAUUCUCAGUUUGGAAUGAGCGGAGUAGACAACUCACUGCAUCAUUCCAUGGCAGACGAACGCUCGUACUCUGAUGCUCCGCGUUCACAAAUCCACCAGCCCUACUGGUUUUCUGCCGAGACUGGGUCGAACACUAGGAUCGGCCGCUCUAUGAACCAAUACCAGCAGUACACAUUGGCUUCCGUUGACCAAGCUAGCCUCCGUUCCUCGCGCCAGUACCCUAAUGAAGAAGCUCCAGAGUAUGGCGUUGCUAAUCUGGUUACUGAUGAAGGUGUCCCAACCACGCAAUCAGCAAUGGCCUACCGUCCAAGAUUCCAACACGGCUACGCCUCUCCCCCCGAGUUUGACGACACUCUCGCUCGAGGCAAUUAUCAGGCCUAUCAACACAAUCUUUCAACCAAUGGCGAUGAAGAGCACAUCCACGGUGAUCGAGCUUCUGACAGCAAUCGCCAGUAA